AUGCUGGAUGAGACGCGCGCUUCUAUAUGGGCGCGGCUCAAAGCUGUCAAGCCGCCGUUUGUGUCCAAAAAACCACACUUCAACUUUAUUUCCGUUCAUUAUACAUGGAUCAUUGGCGCAACCUUGUUAGCUUCCGUCAUUAUAUAUGGUGCUGGUCGCGGUCAAACGUCAUAUGUCGAUUCUCUUAUGUUCGCCAGCGGAGCCAAUACACAAGCUGGAUUAAACCCAAUCGACGUCAACCUUCUCAACACCUUUCAACAGAUUGUCGUUUACUUCUUUACUAUAACGUCUAACCCAAUCACACUACAUACUUCAGUAGUCUUCCUACGUCUUUACUGGUUUGAGAAGAGGUUUCAAGGGUGGGUGACGGACGCCAGACAGCGCCGUGCUACACUUUCUAAGGCCAAGACUCGUCCACGAAGUGAAGCCCGCGAAGCUGAAGAAGGAGUCAAUGGUCGGCAUAUUACGGUUGUGCCUUACCAGGGGAGACCUCCACGUAUCACGAACGACGGGAUACUGCUUGAUGGAAAUGACGUUAUUCAAUCCCAGGCGAUCGCCGACGAUGAUGACGAUGAAAAUCUACCACAUAAACCACCACCUGCGAGCAGCGAUGAAAGCGACACGGUCUCAGCCGGCCGUUCUAACAGCAUAGAGCUAAGUCCUUUGGAGAAACCUGACCAAGGCUUUGGAGAUGGCAAGGAAGCGAAUGAAGGGCACAGCAGGUCACAGAAUGCGCCGACAGGUAUUAAAUUUGCUGAAACGGUCAAGAGAAGUGACGGAGUCGACGACGACUUGACCAAAUUUCCUCAAAGAAGAAGCCAUGCGGAGCAUAUCGCUAUCCUAGAGCGUCAAAGAAACCAGGACAACGAAAUUCUAAGGAUUCCUGGUCCCCGAGAAACCGAGCGGGGGAUGGGACCUCGAAGGCUUGACAAUGAUGAUACCCAGGACGGUGAUGAUGAUAACAAUACCAUUGCUAUGACGAGAACUGUGGAAUCGAGGUCAGACCACGCAACACUAGACCCCAGGGCACCAACAGGCCGCAGACCAACCAUCGUUAUUGCUGAGCCGAAACGUCCCCUCAAACACGAAUUGACUGAUGAUGCCAAAGCCGUUGGUGGCACUCUUAAUGCCCUUAGAGUGCGCAAGCCUCGUGUGUUCAACCGUGGUCAGAAGGAGGUGCAUGAGGAUAGCGAGAGCACUAUGGGCCGUGCUUUCCGAACACGCACAAUCGAUACUAUCAAGUCGGCCUUGUCAAACGACCACACGAAGGAUAUGCCGUACCUCAGUUACACCCCGACUAUGGGUCGAAACUCUAACUUUGUGGGCUUGACCCUGGAACAGCGAGAGGAACUUGGCGGCAUCGAAUAUCGAUCCCUGAGGACUUUGGCACUGAUUUUACUAUCUUAUUUUUGGGGGUUCCAGCUCAUUGCUGUAACCUUCCUUUUGCCUUUCAUUCUUCAUAAUGAGAAAUAUGGGAGAAUUGUUGAAGGGAACGCUAUCUCAAGAACCUGGUGGGGAUUUUGGACAGCCAACUCGGCAUUCAACGACUUGGGUCUGACCCUAACCCCUGACAGUAUGAACUCUUUCAAUACAUCGGAGUAUGUGAUGAUGAUCAUGUGGUUCUUCAUUAUCAUUGGAAACACGGGUUUUCCUGUCAUGCUCCGUUUUGUCAUUUGGGUUCUUGCUCAGAUUGUUCCUAAGGGGACCGGCCUAUGGGAAGAACUUAGAUUUCUUCUUGACCAUCCUCGCCGGUGUUUCACUCUCCUAUUCCCCUCGAGCGCUAAUUGGUGGCUAUUUUGGAUUCUUGCCGCAUUGAAUGCCAUAGACUUGCUUUUCUUUGUGGUCUUAGAUCUUAAUUCAGGCCCAGUCGCUGAACUACCUGUUCAUACUCGUAUUGCCGAUGGUCUAUUUCAAGCUGCCUCUACAAGAACUGCAGGAUUCUCAUGUUUCAGCCUUGGCGACCUUCACCCUGCCAUUCCAGUAUUGUACAUGAUCAUGAUGUACAUUUCGAUCUUCCCAAUCGCAAUCUCCAUCCGCCGAACGAACGUCUACGAAGAAAAGUCUCUCGGAGUUUACCACAACAAGAAAGACGAAGAUGAAGAGGAAUCGGCCAGCGCUCUAAACUACGUUGGUACCCAUCUGCGACGUCAACUUUCUUUCGACUUGUGGUACGUUUUUGUGGGAUUCUUCUUUCUCGCAAUCAGUGAAGGUGAAAGUCUCAAGGCAAAAGACUUCAAUUUAUUUGAUGUUCUUUUCGAAGUUAUCAGUGCGUACGGAACUGUGGGUUUGAGUAUGGGUGUACCCAACGUCAAUGCUUCUCUGUGCUCUCAGUUCACCGUCGUCGGGAAACUUAUCAUCGUUGCCAUGCAAAUCCGUGGCCGUCACCGCGGCUUACCUUAUGGUUUGGAUCGUGCCGUUCUGUUGCCCAGUGAGGCACGUUUCCAGAAGGAAGCAGAGGAGAACCAACCAAUUCUUGUUCGCACCAGGACAAAUGCCUCAAUGGCAACCACCUCAGGCAUGGAGCCGCCUACUAGUCCAGGUUUACCUGGUCGACGUGGCAGUAUGGGCCGUAUACGUGAGCGAGCAAAUAGUCGCAUCAUCUCCCAAUUUCUAUAUCCUGGUCCCGUAAUCCCCAGCAACGAGAUACACGGCCACAAACGCGCAACAUCAAACAACUCUAACAACCUGCGGGACUUCCCGCGAUUCAAUACUGAGCCAGUGUUCGAAGAGGAGAAGGACGAUGUUCCUCCUCUUCGAACCAUUGAGUCUCAUAGUGGUGGUCCUCGUCGUGCUGAGACCAACCCGAUGCCAUAA